CGGCUUCCGCCUGGGGGAGCGGCUGGAGGGGCGCCGCGCGGUCUGGCCGGGCCGGAGCAGCCGCCGCAGCUGCGGGAGGCAAAAAGGAUGCCAAAAAGAGCCUGCUCGACAACCGAGAAUCACAAGCAGCUUUAAAAAGGAAAGCAAAUCAAGCCAGCAAUCAUAUCUUCUCCACUUUCUCCAGAGAACCCCAAAACUCUUCUUCCCCAGCAGCGGACAGUCGAGGGAGAGAAAACCAGGAAAAGAGGGUUUUUGAGCUGGAAAAAAUUGAAUAUGGGGAACUCAAAUAUUACAUGAAAAGGUCAGGGGGGAUAAUUUCCAGAUUGAGAAAAAGAGGGAACUAUCUGGAAGUCAGUGGGGAGGAAGAGGAGACUUGGAUGGCCACUUAUGGGAGAGAUUACACAAGCCUCACCCUGCGAGGAAGGAAACAGUUGCUUCAAUCAAAGCACCACCACACAAGGGAUCAGAAAUAGUCUUGAUCUCCCUGAGAAUGCAAGAAUACCAGUGGUGGAAAAGCCCCACAGAUGUGUAUAUAGUGGGAAAAGGACAGAUAAUGGAUCACAGCUGAUUAUGCACAAGAGGACCCACACCGGUGAGAAGCCCUACGAGUGUUCUCAGUGUGGCAAAAGCUUUAGCAAGCACUCUACCCUGGGGAAUCACAAGAGGAUUCACACCAGGGAGAAACAAUAUGAGUGUCCAGAUUGUGAGAAAAGCUUCAUUCGGAAUUCUGAACUGGUGAUACACCAGAGGACUCACACAGGAGAGAAGCCAUAUGGGUGUCAAGAUUGUGGGAAAACUUUCAGUCGGAAUUCCAGCCUGGUGAAGCACCAGUGGACUCACACAGGAGAGAAACCCUAUGAGUGUCCGGAUUGUGGGAAAAGUUUCAUUCGGAAUUUCAGCUUGGUGAGACACCAGAGGACUCACACAGGAGAGAAACCAUAUGAGUGUCUGGAUUGUGGGAAAAGUUUCAGUUUGAAGUCCUACCUGGUGAUACACCAGAGGACUCACACAGGAGAGAAACAGUAUCGGUGUGCAGAUUGUGGGAAAAGAUUCAGUCAUAAUUCCCACCUGGUGAUACACCAGAGGACUCACACAGGAGAGAAACCGUAUGAGUGUCUGGAUUGUGGGAAAAGUUUUAGUCAGAAUUCCUCCCUGGUGAUACACCAGAGGACCCACACAGGAGAGAAACCGUAUGAGUGUCCAGAUUGUGGGAAAAGUUUCAGUUUGAAGUCCAACCUGGUGAUACACCAGAGGACUCACACAGGAGAUAAGCCAUAUGAGUGUCCGGAUUGUGGGAAAAGUUUCAGUGUGAAGUCCAGCCUGGUGGAACACCAGAGGAUUCACACAGGAGAGAAACCGUAUGAGUGUCCAGAUUGUGGGGAAAGUUUCAGUCAGAAUUCCCACCUGGUGAUACACCAGAGGACUCACACAGGAGAGAAACCAUAUGAGUGUCCGGAUUGUGGGAAAAGUUUUAGUCAGAACUCCACCCUGGUGAUACACCAGAGGACUCACACAGGAGAGAAACCAUAUGAGUGUCCAGAUUGUGGGAAAAGUUUCAGUGAGAAUUCCAACCUGGUGAAACACCAGAGGACUCACACAGGAGAGAAACCAUAUGAGUGUCCAGAUUGUGGGAAAAGUUUCAGUCAGGAUUCCUACCUGGUGAUACACCAGAGGACUCACACAGGAGAGAAACCGUAUGAGUGUCUGGAUUGUGGGAAAAGUUUUAGUCGGAACUCCAGCCUGGUGAUACACCAAAGGACUCACACAGGAGAGAAACUAUAUGAGUGUCCGGAUUGUGGGAAAAGUUUCAGUUUGAAGUGUAGCCUGCUUAUCCACCAGAGGACUCACACAGGAGAGAAACUGUAUGAGUGUCUGGAUUGUGGGGAAAGUUUCAGUCGGAAUUCCUACCUGGUGAUACACCAGAGGACUCACACAGGAGAGAAAUCAUAUGAAUGUCUAGAUUGUGGGAAAAGUUUCAGUCGGAAUUCCUACCUGGUGAUACACCAGAGGACUCACACAGGAGAGAAACCAUAUGAAUGUCUAGAUUGUGUGAAAAGUUUCAGUCGGAAUUCCUACCUGGUGAUACACCAGAGGACUCACACAGGAGAGAAGCCAUAUGACUGUCUAGAUUGUGGGAAAAGUUUCAGUCGGAAUUCCUACCUGGUGAUACACCAGAGGACUCACACAGGAGAGAAACCAUAUGAAUGUCCGGAUUGUGGGAAAAGUUUCAGUCAGAACUCCAGCCUGGUGAAACACCAGAGGAUUCACACAGGAGAGAAACCGUAUGAGUGUCCAGAAUGUGGGAGAAGUUUCAGUGAGAAUUCCAGCCUUUUGAAACACCAGAGAACUCACACAGGAGAGAAACCGUAUGGGUGUCCGGAUUGUGGGAAAAGUUUCAGUCGGAAUUCCUACCUGGUGAUACACCAGAGGACUCACACAGGAGAGAAACCGUAUGAGUGUCCGGAUUGUGGGAAAAGUUUUAGUACUAGGCCUAGCCUUAUAAAUCAUGUAGGUUUACACAUAGGAGAGAAACCAUUCAAAUGCCCAGACUGUGGACGGUGCUUCACGCAAAAUUCCAUGCUGGUGAAUCACAAGAGGACUCACACCGGAGAGAAAAUGUAUGAGUGUCCAGAUCGUGGGAAAAGCUUCAUUCGGAAUUCUGAACUGGUGAUACACCAGAGGACUCACACAGGAGAGAAGCCGUAUGAGUGUCCGGAUUGUGGGAAAACUUUCAGUCGGAAUUCCUACCUGGUGAUACACCAGAGGAUUCACACAGGAGAGAAACCGUACAAGUGUCAGGAUUGUGGGAAAAGUUUCAGUCAGAACUCCAGCCUGGUGAAACACCAGAGGAUUCACACAGGAGAGAAACCGUAUGAGUGUCCAGAUUGUGGGAAAAGUUUCAGUGAGAAUUCCAGCCUUUUGAAACACCAGAGAACUCACACAGGAGAGAAAAUCUAUGAGUGUCCAGAUUGUGGGAAAAGUUUCAGUCGGAAUUCCUACCUGGUGAUACACCAGAGGACUCACACAGGAGAGAAACCGUAUGAGUGUCAGGAUUGUAGGAAAAGUUUCAGUUGCAAUUCCUACCUGGUGAUACACCAGAGGACUCACACAGGAGAGAAACCGUAUGAGUGUCAGGAUUGUGGGAAAAGUUUCAUUCGGAAUUCCCACCUGGUGAUACACCAGAGGACUCACACAGGAGAGAAACCGUAUGAGUGUCCGGAUUGUGGGAAAAGUUGCUUUUGGAAUUCCCAGCUGGUGAUACAUCAGAGGACUCACACAGGAGAGAAACCAUAUCAGUGUCCAGAAUGUGGGAGAAGUUUCAGUGAGAAUUCCAGCCUUUUGAAACACCAGAGAACUCACACAGGAGAGAGACCAUAUGAGUGCCCGGAGUGUGGGAAAAAUUUCAGUCGGAAUUCCUACCUGGUGAUACACCAGAGGACUCACACAGGAGAGAAACCGUAUGAGUGUCCGGAUUGUGGGAAAAGUUUUAGUACUAGGCCUAGCCUUAUAAAUCAUGUAGGUUUACACAUAGGAGAGAAACCAUUCAAAUGCCCAGACUGUGGACGGUGCUUCACGCAAAAUUCGUUCCUUAACAGACACAAGAAAAUGCACAUGAGGCAGAAGGAGAUGAGUGUAGAGAAGGCUUGAAUUUCACUUCUCAUCUCCCAUUGGACAUCCAGCUGAAAAGUUGUAUAUUCAAUUUUUGGGCUGAUAUUUUUAGUCAAACACGUCUCAGUAUUAGAGAUGAGGGAGGAGAGAAAAAAGUGGAAAGUGUUAGCUUGAGGAAGGCUAACUACACCUUUCUGGCUAUGAGCAGAACUUCCCAGUGAGCUGCUGCAGGCCCGAAAAGAUACAUGAAAAAAAGAUUGGAGCACUCAGAUUUUGUGAGAGAAAAUAUUAGGGACGUUUGUGGCAGUGACAAAAGCCCUGUAAAGUUUCAAAUGGAAAGGCUGUUCUGCCUCGCAGUUGAAGGUGAUGGAAAAGAGCUGCAGGAAUACGGAGUUGAGGAGAAAAGGCAUUGUGGUUCUGAGCGCAGGAAGGACCUUCAGGUUUAGGAACAGCCCCUGCUGUGAUCGUGUUUGCCUGGCGGUGUCUGCUUGUUAGCCUUUCGUGGCUGUGGGUGACAGCAGCGCCAGGAGGCUGUCCCCUUUGCUACAUCCCCCUUGGUGGUGGGGAUGGAGGAAAGAGUUGCCCAGUGGAAGAGGUUUCCUUUCCAGAAAUGCAUUGUGUAAGAACCAUUUGUGGCUUUUGAGAAGGAAAAAAACUGGGUAGUGUCAGCGAUGAGGGCCAAGGUGAGGCAACGCUCCCUUCCCAAGACAUGGGAGAUGUUUCCAUUUCUUUCACUCCUCUCUCUGGGCUUCUUUUUGAAUUUUCCCCAGAAAUCCCUACAAGUAAAGAGGAACAUUAUUUGGAGCCGCUAAGUGGCAUUUUAGUUAUGCAGAUGAAUGAUCCUGAUUUUGCUGAGUUCAGAAGACAGCAAAGAAUUCAAGGUUUGUUCAUUUCAGGAGCCCGAUUCAGAGAUCAGCUUAUAAUGCCUUUUUUCCCUAGGAGAUGACUUUGCAUAUGAUCCCUUUGCAGAAGGACACUGAAGAGCCGGGACCAGGCCGGGGGUGGGGAGGAAGCAAGAGGCUCUUUUGGCCUGAGCCUCAAGCUCUGAGUGGCUUCAAAUUUAAAGGUGUGCAAAGUUGUUUAAAAUACU